AUGUGCUUUUGGUCUCACAAGACUCAGUGCAAUGCGGCCGCUGCUGCUGUAAUUACUCCCACGUCCGCCGUUGCUGAAACUUUGAAGCGAAGUGAGCGGCAGGACAGUCAUACAGCUGAGGCUGAGGUGUAUGCAAUAACGCAAUGUGCGAGGCUGAUCAAAGAAAAACGACAAGAAGGUGACGUGGUGAUAUACACGGAUAGCCAGGCCGCAUUAAAAGCUCUAAACAGAACAUCUGUUACGUCCUCGCUGGUGAGAGAAUGCAGGGAAGAGCUUAAUGCGGUAGGGGAGCAGAGAGAGGUCACGGUAGCAUGGGUGCCGGGACAUCAGGGAGUUGUAGGCAACGAGAAGGCUGACGAACUGGCAAGGGCGGGGGCGGGAAUGGAAUAUAUAGGGCCUGAACCGGCAUUGCCCAUGUCAGCGGAAGUCACGAAAGGAGUAAUAGACAAGGUCAACGAAGCAAAGGCACAAAGGGAGUGGGAGAACGAGACUGGAUGCCGACAGCCGAAGAUGAUGAUCAAAGGCAUGGAUCAUAGAAGAACCAGGUAUCUGCUGAAUCUAGGUAAGAGCAGUCUGAGAAUGUUGACAGGUAUAAUCACUGGGCACAACACUCUCAACAGACACCUCAAGGUAAUAGGAAUAAGAGAUGACGAAUCCUGUCCACACUGUGGUAUGGAGGAAACUAGCCUACACUUGUUAGCGGAAUGUAUUAUGUAUGCGGCACCGCGAUAUAAUACAUUUGGCAGAGAUAGAUUAGAAGCAGAAGAACUCAAGGAUGUCGAACUAAAAGAUGUCCUUUCCUUCUGCAGGAAAACAAGAAGAUUUGAAGAAGGAAGUGUGGGAAUGCUGCCGGAACAGUAA